GGAUGGGACAACCCCCUCAAAAGUGGACAACUUGCACACAUGUCCUAUUGAAAUUGGAAGACAAUGCGGGUGCAGCUGACAGAGUCGAGUUUGUAAAGUGCAGCCCAGUCUUCCUUCCACACUGACAGCAGCUGGGAGUCAUUUCGUCUUCUUCACAUGGUCUCAAGGUUAAUGUUGCACGACACUUUUAGCACCCCGUCCGCCGCCGUGUUCUUAUCGUCGACCCACUCUCACGUCACCCCGACUGCUGACCGGUUGUUUCUCGAUCUCACACGGCAGCUGCGGUCGGUCCGUGCUCGCCUGUAGUACGGGUUUCUCCGUGGACAGGACUUCCGUGUAUUUUCAAUUGUUGUAUGCACACACGGACACAUUCUGAAGCAUAGAUUGUAAUCUUUUCAAGGUGAUUUCAGGGACGCAAGUUUAGUAAACUCAACCCAAGGGAACAAGAUGGCACUCAUCAAUCGCCGUGUAGUUCUGUGUCAGCGUCCAGGGGUGAAAGGAAAGCCAACAGUAGACAAUUUCCACACGGAAGAUUGUGAAUAUCCCACAGAUAUUGAAGAUGGACACCUCUUAGUCAAGACAUUAUUUCUCUCCGUCGAUCCAUACAUGAGAAUAUGUAUGAAUGCUGACACUGGCACGCAGCACUUACAUCCAUGGAAACUGGGUCACACCAUAUCGGGAGGAGGGGUCGGCAUUGUCACGGAGAGCAGAUGUGACACGUUUGUUGCCGGGGAUAUCGUAUACAAAGAUUUCAAUUGGCCAUGGCAACUUCACGCUUCGGUUCCAGCUGCUCAAACCAACAAGAUUGACACAUCCGUCACCAACAAUCACCAUUCAUUGGCGCUUGGCGCCCUUGGCAUGCCUGGAUUAACAUCACUAAUCGGAAUCAGGGAGAGGGCCCAGCUCAAGGCAGGGACCAAUCAGACGUUUGUCGUCAGUGCGGCUGCAGGGGCGUGUGGGUCACUAGCGGGUCAAAUUGCAAGGUUAGAUGGAUGUGGUACAGUCGUAGGCAUAUGUGGUACAGAAGGAAAGUGUAGGUUUCUAAUCGAUGACCUUGGAUUUGACGCAGCAAUAAACUACAAAACAGAUGACAUUGCGGCCAGGCUAAGGGAGUGCUGUCCAGCUGGUAUAGAUGUCUACUUUGAUAAUGUUGGUGGUGAAAUCAGCAAUCACGUCAUUAGGCAGAUGAACGAUGACAGUCGUAUCGUUCCUUGCGGCCAAAUCUCACAGUACAGCAUCGACAUCAGGUGUCCUCUUGAAAAAAGCAUCCGGGAUAUUCUUAAGAAUAGACGGAUCGACAGAGAAGUCUUUGCAUCUUAUAACUACAAUAGCCUCUUCAAAGAGGGGAUAGCUCAACUUGCCAAAUGGGUUCAAGAAGGAAAACUUAAGACAAGAGAAACGGUGGUUGAGGGUCUUGAGAACUGUGGUGCUGCCUUUGUUGGAAUGAUGAACGGGAACAACAUAGGGAAGCAGGUAGUUCAUGUCGCCAACCCUUGAGGAGGUGGUCAUCUCGGAGCAAGUUGGUCUGCCGACCGAUGUGUACAAGCCUAACAUGACCGGUUGGUUCAAGGCAGAGUGUGGUAGCAGCUACUUGACUAGACUCAUCUAAACCAACUUCUUCUUGCCAGGAAUCAAGUUCAAGCAUCAGUAGCCGUUAUGGUUGGCAGGCAAACUUUCUCAACGUCAAGGACUCAAGGUAAUGGGUUAUUUUAUGGCUUAACUGACAAGCUUGUUUUUUUGUUCUCAAGCUAUAGCAAUUGCAUUCUGAUAUCUAUCCUCAGGUAUCAUGUGAUGAUUUUAAAAUUACACUUGGAUCGUGUAUGUAUAAAUUAUGAAUUAAGAAAAUGUCAUUGGUGUAUUGAAUGUGCAACGUAUAAUGCGGGCGUAAAAAGAUAUUCACAAAAAGUCGGCAUGAUGAUGUGCCAAUUUUAGGGGCCAAAUUUCUAUGUACAAGUUUUGUCUGGGCAUUUGUAGAACAAAUAUACUCGCUUGAACCAUAAGAUGGCAUACAUGGUGUAUUUGGUCAAAUUUACUCGUAUUUUUGUAGAAAAAUCAAGUAUAAUCAUGUGAUAUAAAUGAAAUAAUUAGAGACAUGCUAUUUUUAUGGUGUUUUAUUGAAACAAUAUAAAAGUUUUUAUACGAUAUGGAAGCAAUAAAUUUGAAGCAUUUGAAUCAAAUUCUGAUCGGAAAGUUGAAAGAUGUGGAAUAGAAUAAUGACAUGAGUUGACAUUUGCCUUUGAAAAUAAUAAGUUGUAUGUAAGAAAGUGUUCCUUAAGAAGGAAUCACCAGACCUCAAAUGGACAUUAUUGUGUCAAUUAUGUCGGGUGAAUUGGUUCAACACAGUAUUUUAAUUUAAUCUGAAUAAUCCAUAGAACUUAUUUCAGUGUUAAAUAGACGUCAUAAGCUUACAAUUUAAAAACAACUAAAAAUAUCUCUGCAUUGUGUAUAGAUUCUACAACAUUCUCAAAAUGCAAUCUAAUUGUGAAGAGAUGUUAUUUCUUACGGUUCUUACUUGCCAGUUUUACAUAAUCAUGGUGGUAAAAACAGGAUGUAUAUAUCCACAUUGUUUAAUAAUUCAGUCUAUAACCAUCUGUACAGUAAUUUGUUUGUAUUCAAUACAUCUCGAGAGAAUCCUGAACGUUAGAAAAUAUUUUUGAACUGUUCCUGGUGUGUAUUCUAAAUAUUUUGUUUAAAGGCAGUGGACACUAUUGUUUAUUACUCAAAAUAAUUAUUACCAUAAAAAUAUACUUGGUAGUACGAUUGAUAGUAAUUUGAUUUCGAGACCUCAGUCUUAGAAUUUGAGGUCUCGAAAUCAAGCAUCUGAAAGCACACAACUUCGUG